AUGUCCAACCUCCCGGUCGAGCCCGAAUUCGAGCAGGCGUACAAGGAGCUCGCCUCCACGCUGGAGAACUCGACGCUCUUCCAGAAGAACCCCGAAUACCGCAAGGCGCUCGCCGUCGUCUCCGUGCCCGAGCGCGUGAUCCAGUUCCGCGUGGUGUGGGAGAAUGACAAGGGCGAGGUGCAGGUCAACCGCGGCUUCCGGGUGCAGUUCAACUCGGCGCUGGGUCCGUACAAGGGCGGACUGCGCUUCCACCCGUCGGUCAACCUUUCCAUCCUCAAGUUCCUCGGCUUCGAGCAGAUCUUCAAGAAUGCCCUCACGGGCCUUAACAUGGGCGGCGGCAAGGGCGGCUCCGACUUCGACCCCAAGGGCAAGUCGGACAGCGAGAUCCGCCGCUUCUGCGUGGCGUUCAUGACCGAGCUGUGCCGGCACAUCGGCGCCGACACGGACGUGCCCGCCGGCGACAUCGGCGUCACCGGCCGCGAGAUCGGCUACCUGUUCGGCCAGUACCGCAAGCUCCGCAACAGCUGGGAGGGCGUGCUGACCGGCAAGGGCGGCAGCUGGGGUGGCUCGCUGAUCCGCCCCGAGGCGACGGGCUACGGCGUCGUGUACUACGUCGAGCACAUGAUUGCGCACGCGACCAACGGCGCCGAGUCGUUCGCGGGCAAGCGCGUCGCCAUCUCGGGCUCCGGUAACGUGGCCCAGUACGCCGCGCUCAAGGUCAUCGAGCUGGGCGGCCGCGUCGUCUCGCUGUCCGACAGCCAGGGCUCGCUGAUCGUCAAGGACACCGCCAAGGGCAGCUUCACGCCCGCCGAGAUCGACGCCAUCGCCGCGCUCAAGGUCGACCGCAAGCAGAUCGCCGAGCUCGUCUCGGACGCCGCCUUCGCCGACAAGUUCACCUACCUGCCCGGCCAGCGUCCCUGGGUGCACGUCGGUGCCGUCGACGUCGCCCUCCCCUCCGCCACCCAGAACGAGGUCUCCGGCGAGGAGGCCCAGGCGCUUAUCGCCGCCGGCUGCAAGUUCAUCGCCGAGGGCUCCAACAUGGGCUGCACGCAGGCCGCCAUCGACGCCUUCGAGGCCCACCGCGAGGCCAACAAGGGCGCCGCCGCCAUCUGGUACGCCCCCGGCAAGGCCGCCAACGCCGGCGGUGUCGCCGUCUCCGGUCUCGAGAUGGCCCAGAACUCCGCCCGUCUGUCCUGGACCGCCGAGGAGGUCGAUGCCCGUCUCAAGGACAUCAUGAAGUCGUGCUUCCAGAACGGCCUCGACACUGCCAAGGAGUACGCCACCCCGGCCGAGGGCGUCCUGCCUUCGCUCGUCACCGGUAGCAACAUCGCCGGUUUCACCAAGGUGGCUGCUGCCAUGAAGGACCAGGGUGACUGGUGGUAA